AUGGCAACUAUACAUUUUGACUAUAAAUACAGUGCCCUAACCCUUCUCCUGGUGGCAGCAUCAGCCGUGGCACAGUAUGGCGAAGAGUACGGAGGUUUCGACGGCUACCACAAGGCGCCAGUGCAGCUCCAUCAUCAGCAACACUUGGAUGAUCACCAUGGAGAGGAGUAUGAGUUGGAUUACCAUGCGCACCCCAAAUACUCGUUCGACUAUUCAGUGAAGGACCCCCAUACGGGCGACAACAAGGAGCACUGGGAGACCAGGGAUGGCGACAAGGUUAAAGGUACCUACACGCUUGUCGAAACCGACGGAACAAAGCGCGUAGUAGAAUACGAAGCUGACGACAAGAACGGUUUCAACGCCGUAGUCCACAAGAUCGGUACUCCCAAGCACCACGAGGAGUAUGAAGCGAAACCAGCGCUUGAGUACGAGGCUAAACCAGCGCUGCAGCCGCUGCAUUAUCAGCACGACUACGGACACUUCGACGAAGGAUUUGUACCUAUUGCUGGAUUCGGACAUUAAGUAUUUGUUUAAGCAGGUAAAUUGUGUAGUACGAAUGUGUUUUUUUAAACUAAAGACAGUAUUGAUUAAAGGGCUUUUUGAG